CUUCCAGAGAAGGCUUCUUCUGCACCGAGAGAGAUCACACCUAGAGACCUAGCAUCUAUUCAUCCCUCCAACUUUACUCUGGAAAGAAUUCCUACAAGAAACAUUUCCAACUAUAGUGACUUCCAGACAGAGCCUCCAUGCAUCCACAUUCUCCAGUGAGUGUUUAAAAUACAGAAUACAUCUCUCCAGCUUCAUUCUAGAGAGAGAGAGAGUCUAAGAUACAUCUGUGCUGUGUUUAUUCGAUCCAUGCUAUGGAGCGAGACCUCAAGAAAGAGUCUCCAUCCAUCAGCUAAUGAGAGAGACCCCAGAAGACAAUUUCUUUCUGCUUAGCUCAACUUUAUAAAGCAGGACUAAAAAAAAGACAACCCCAGUCCAUCGGCUUUUUCCUCUAAAGAGAUUCCGAGAGACAACCUUCAUCCGUCUAUCUUCAUUCUGUGGAGGGGCUUCCUCCAUCCUUCAGCCAAAAGGUCCACCUGUGAGAGAACUUCAUGUAUGAUCUUGGUUGGAUGCAUAAUGGAAAUGUGGUACACUUUAUAAAAAAUACUCUGGUGUUCUAGUUACAGUGGAUAGUAGAGCCUCUUGCAUGAGACAUCACACCCUCUAAGAGUGCUUUCAUUGUACAACAACAUCCUAGAGACAGACACCAGAAAUAAAGCAUUAGAGAUUAGCCAAGGAGAACACAACUGAAUUGGUCACCAAAAAACUUCUUAUAAAUACAUGAUGAUCUGUUUAGUAAGUCACUCUACUCUAUAUGCAUGGCUUAUCUAUAGAUUUUUGGUGAACACCUUGAUCUGCCUAUCAGUUUACCAUCGAUGAAGAAUUCAGUCCAGAUUAAAUUUGUGAAGCACAAAAGGGACGCCCAUUCUAAAAGAGAGUUUUCUCAGACAGUCAAGUUUGAUGGGUUGAUCUUUGGUUACCAUGAAAAUGCCCUGAUUGACCCUGUUUUUAUAGAAAUUGCCUCCAAGUUACCCUUCUCUUGUUUGCCCUGGGGCAGAUGGAUGAGACGGCUCCUGUAAACAUGGUGACCUCCAGGAAUGCUCCUUCCCCUCCAAUACCUCCAUGCCCACCUCCACUUCCACCUGUUGGACUUCCCACACAGCCACCGCCUCCUACGUCAUCCGCCGAAGAUUCCAAUCCCCCUCCACCACCACCUCCGGUAAGAUUUAUGUUACCCCCACCUCCCCCUCCGCCCGUGCGAGGCUCCUUAAUUCCUGUGUCCAUCAACAAUACGUCGGUUUCCUCCAAUACCCCUUCUGCCCCACUACGUUUUGGAGACCAACGCAGACCCAAACUGCGCAACUUCAACUGGGACGCUCUGCCUGUGGAGCGAGUGAUGGGAGGGCGCAACCUCUGGACCUGUGGCCCUCAGGGGACAAGCCUACAGAUAGAUGUCACACACAUGGAGGAGUUGUUCGGGCAGAAGGAGGAGCCGCACAAACUGAGGGGGCAACGAAGCUUCAAAGCACGACCGGUCCAAGGGGAAACCGAACCAGAGAUGACAUUACUGGAUUCCAAGAGAAAUAUGAACCUGGGGAUUUUCUUGAAACAGUUCAAGAGGCCAAUACAUGUGAUGGUAGAAGAUAUUAGGCGAGGAGUAGGAUCAAACUUUGGAGCUGAGAAACUGGGGGAGCUGCAGAGACUUCUUCCAGAGAAAGAUGAGAUGAAGAGGCUGCGGGCCUUUAAAGGAGACCGAAGUCGCUUGUCUGAUCCUGAACUGUUCAUGGUGAUGCUGGUAGAGAUUCCCAGCUAUUUACAGCGGCUGCAGGUCAUGAUACUGAAGGAGGAAUAUUUCCCACAGCUCAACUCGUUGAAACAUUCAGUAGAAAUUCAGACUGUAGCAGCGACAGAGCUUCUGAAGUGUGAGGAGCUUCACACCAUCAUCCACUUGGUGCUGAAAGCCGGGAACUACAUGAACGCUGGUGGUUACGCUGGGAGUGCCAUGGGUUUUCGGAUGGGAUCUCUUCUGAAACUGGCGGACACUAAAGCAAAUAAACCUGGAAUGAACCUUAUGCACUUUGUAGUCCAGGAAGCUGAGAAGAAUAAUCGGGCACUUAUGAGUUUUCCGGAGAAACUGACUCACAUAAGCCAGGCAUCUCGCAUUACAUCCCUGGAAGUGGAGAGUGACCUGGAGACUCUCACUCAGCGGCUUCAAAGUACUAGGGACGCCCUCCGGGACCAGCCAGAUCUGAAGCAUGAGAUGGCUCCCUUCUUGCAGGUAGCAGAGGUGGAGCUGUGCGAGGUUCUGUGCUCUCUAGAGAGCCUGCGGGACACCAGGUGCGCUGUGAUGGAUUACUUCUGUGAAGAUGAAUCUACGUGCCGACUGGAAGACCUCUGCCUCAUCUUCACUACUUUCUGUGCCAAGUUCUUGGCUGCUGCUCACGACAACAAGGAAAGGGAGAAGGCAGAACACCGCAAGGAACGCCUGGAGAAACGACGUUCUAUUGCCAGCUGUUCAUUACAAGACAAAGACCUUCAGGAUGUAGAGUUGGAGUUUUUACUUCUUCGACUUCCCCGCAGAAGACGUCCUAGUAGAGGUCCACGCCCUCUCCCUCGUAGCCAAUCCACUGAGGUUCUUAAUUCCUCCCCAAUCAAAUCUCCAGCUUCCACCGCAGCCAAAGUUUCAGAGCCAAUCGGAGAAGAGGAUUCUCCUGUGCCUGAGAAGCCACAACAAGGGCUAAGGAGGCCACGGGAGGACAGCACAGGGAGUGAUGGACAACAGGAUACUCCUGGGAAAAUGAACAGGAGGCACACGUUGGCAUGCCUUCCAUACAGGGGUGAAUUGGAUAUACAUUCUGUGUUUGUUACCUCUCCCAGUGGACGUUCCCAGGAGUUCUCGCGCCACGAUGCAGAGUCGGACAACCUUUCUGUUUCUACUCCAAGUACCCCAACCACCAGCACUUCCUUCAGCCAAAUCCUAAAGUCUUCAAAUACUGACACUCCUGUGCGGAAGGACUUUUCUCCUACAUCAGGCUCCCCAAAUUCAUUGCGCUUGGGAGGACUAUUUCAAAGAAGAGGAAGUUUGAAAAAUUCAGAAUCUCUAAUAUUGCAAGGAGUGGACCUCUCCCCGCGAGGGGGCAGUGAAGCCUCUGCCCUCGCCACCUUUUUUAGACGGGUUGACAGUGCUCUGCGCUCCCCUAAAUGAAGACAAACUCUAUUCAGAAGGUUUUAAAGUUUAGCUGGAAAUGUGUGCAUCUGGGUUGAUGAUUUCUGAUAGUCUUUCCAGAGGUUAUCUCCUGGAUUGUAAACCCUCCAAAUGUUGGAUGUGGCAGUCGUACUGGCCCUCAGCAGAGAAGGCUGGUGGAGAUGGUCUCCACAGAGGGAGGGGCACACAAUGUAGUUGGGUUUUUUUUUUUUUUCUUUUUUUAAUCUUGUAAAUUUCAUAAUGGUGCAUAUCUAAUAUACAAGGAGCUAGGCAUUUGACACUUGCCAGUAGAGAAGACCUGGACCCAGAUAGUGUCAGAGUGGGGUUGUAAGGAAGGGUGGGUUAGAGGACUGAUAGCACUUUGUAUGGAGUCUGGGAUGUGACUGGAAAAGAUAUGCACAAGCAGCAUUUUAUCUAUUGUGAUAGAAAUUCUUUAAUGGGCCAAGCCAGAUUGUUCUGCUUUAAUCUUACUGUUCCCAUCAUGCACUUAACUAACGUCAAAAUGUUUUUUUAAUGUGCAGACAGGAUGGCUUGUUAAUGGAUUUAAUAAAGGGGAUUUACACUGGA